AUGACGGCUUACAAUGAUGGCCAUCUGCAGACAUCAUUCUGGAUUGUGGAUAGGCAGCAUGUAUACAUUGGAAGUGCCAGUUUAGAAUGGAAGUCACUGUGGCAGGUACUUUCAAUUUAUUUAUUCAUUUAGAGCAUUUUUUAUCUUGCUCUUCAGUCAGAGGGGCUCUCAGCAGGGACAGACUUUAGUACAGUGGUACCUCAGGUUAAGAACUUAAUUCGUUCUGGAGGUCUGUUCUUAACCUGAAACUGUUCUUAACCUGAGGUACCAUUUUAGCUAAUGGGCCCAGUCCUGCUCAGCCCCUCUUCACUGCACUGGUUAUUUAUUUUAAACUGUUUGGCACUUAGCUGUGUUCUAGGACAUUGUUCUUAUUUAUGGCAGAACAUAUGAGCUAUUGCUUCUUUACCCAGCUAAAACUGAGAAACAUUGUAAUUAGUGGAAACGAUACUAGUUCCCAAUUUGUUCUAAUUAUGACAUAUUGCAUUGUGGCAGUAAAUUAAGUACAGUCUGUGGUCUAGGGGUGGCAUUUCAAGUCUUUAUCUGUAUUGUGUUGAUGCAAAUGUCUUUGUUCCUUAAGAAUGUUCUUGAAAAUUGUGCUUUGCAUGCUAAACUUACACAGUUUUACAGAAAAUAUGCAGGAGUAAGGAUCCGAUGGAUUUAAAGAAAAGACCUGUUACGUGAUUUUAAAAAACUGGAAAUUGCGCUUGUAUUUUUGGCAUCUUAAAAUCCCACAAGGAACCAUUCUUAUUGAUCAGCAUUUGUUUUCAGAUGUAUUCAUGUGUGAAAAACAACCCAUUCAGUAAUGUUUGUUGGUUGCAGUAACAUGCUGAAUAGUGCUCUUUGACUUUGUAUUUGUCGCGCACUAUACUGCAGUGUUCUGAAUAACAGGAGAUUUUAUCAAAUCAUCUCUGUAUCUGAAUGUAUUUCAUUCUGUUCCUUUUUUGAAAUUCCUGUCAGAAGCAAUAGUUUAAAUUGUAAGCAGUGGGCAAUUUUUAAAGAAAACUCUAGACUUAAAUAUGGUAUCUCUCAUUGGGUGAGUGCCAAUAAUCUGUCUCUUCCCAUGCAGCUGGAGUGGGAAGUUAUCCUCUAUCAUUCUAGCCUCUCCCCUGGAGAUGUAACAGAAGUGAAUCCUUUCGUUCUAACUAGCCUGUAUAUUGCAUUCUAGCAAAACCAAAGAAGGAGCUAAUGCAGCUUACUGAUUUGCUAAUUAGGCUGCAAAGCAGUUUUAACAUGAUACAGAGUAAAGCAUGAUUCCCCAGUGGGGGCUGUCCUGGAACCCACAUGUGGUCUGGGCAUAUGGACUGGCUGAAGAGCAGAAUCAGAAGUCAUGGCAAGCGAGGAGCUGACAUUGCAGGAGGAGAUCUGGGGGUAGUAAGAGCAUGGUCAACAAAUAUAUUCAACCAGGGGCAAGUGCCCCAGACUAUUUGGUGAAAAGAAUACUCCAUAGCUCACAUUCCUUACCCAUCCCUGCUCAAGUUUUGAUUUGCAUUGCACUUUGGAGAAAAUAAAAACAGUAAGAGUCUCUCCUAUUCUUUCUGAUAUUCUCCAGACUUCUGAGAUGAGAUGACUCUUGAUCAAGUUCCCUGGUUGAGGUAUGAAUGCUGGCUGUUGCUUAUCUUCAUUAGUAGCAACCACAAAUAGAGGCUUCCUAUUUGACCAGGACAAGGGUCCUGGACCUCUGAGUAAGAUUGUACAGAGCUGUGAAUAGGCGAAUGAAUUUUCACUAUUUUCUUUUUUUAAUACUUUAUUGACAAUCUUAUACAACAAAUAUAGUAUACAUCUUAUUUAGACAUGAGUAUAAAUCUUAGAAACAAAACAACAGCCCUAUACAAGUAAUACUCCAUUUGUUAACAAACAAUAAACUUACGGUAAUUUAUAUUUCUACUGUCUCUUGUUUUCUUCUCUAUUUAUUAACAUAGAUUAAAACAAAAAAACCCACAUAACUGGACUUCCUAUCAUUCCCCGAUGUGUAUUUUCUUUCUGAUGAUGAAUAUACCUAACAUUAUUAGCUUAUCCUUUGUUUCCUUUCUAAUACAUUCUUAGAACAGUACUUAACCUUUGACUUAUUUCAUUUAUAUUUCAUUAAUCCAGGGUCAAUCAAAUGCUGCCAUAGACUUUAUACCACUGUUGUGAUUUCAUAAAUAACUCUUAUAUUUUUCCAAUUUUUGCACGAAUGCUCACCUUGUGUUGCCUCUCAAGCUGUUAGUCAAUUGCACCAUUUCUACAUAUUCCUGUAACUUGUUUUCCCAAUCCAUUAUAGUUGGAGCAUUUUCCCCUUUCCAGUUCAUUGCUAUCAAUUUUCGGGCUGCUGCUGUGGCAUAUAAAAAUAUUUCUCUUAAAUUUUUCGGAAUGUCAUUGCCUAUGAUGCUUAGUAAAAAGGCCUCUGGCUUUUUUAGAAAGGUUAACCCAUUUUCCCCCCCAGCUCAUCAUAAACAAGACACCAAAACUCUCUAAUCUUUCUACAUGUCCACCACAUGUGAUACAUGUCUCCAUUACUUUCCCCACAUCGCCAACAAUUGUUUGCGAUGUUUUUGUACAUUUUAGAGAGCUUUGAUGGGGUGAGGUACCAUCUAUAUUGCAUAUUUAGCAUAUUUUCUUUGAUGUUAUAACAUGCUGUGAAUUUCAUAGUUGUUUUCCAAAGAUUUUCCCGCUCACUCAGCAAUAUAGGGCGACCAAUAUCUUGAGCCCACCUAAUCAUGACUUCCUUGACCUCCUCCUUCUUGACUUUCCAGUCCAGAAGGAUUUGCUCCAUCUUUGAUAUUAUCUUAAUUUUAUUAUUUACUAAUUCCUUUUCAAAUUUGGAGGGCUCUUUAGAGAAUCCAUUCUUUUUGUCUUGUUUAAAUGUUUUGUGGAGUUGAUGAUAUUCCAACCAACCUGAUAUGAAAUAUGAGGAAAUCAAAGAUCAGCUAAGCUUAAUUUGGUUACCCUCUUCUAUCAAUAAUGAGUUAUAUGUUAGCCAGCUUCCUUUCAUAUUUUUCUUCUUUACAGUCUUUGCUUCCAAUGGAGAAAUCCAUCUAGGGGUUUUGGGUUCCAUUAAUCUUCUACAUUUUUCCCAAACCCUAACUAAGGCAUUUUUUACUAUAUGGUCGGUAAAACCUUUGUGCACUUUAGCCUUAUCAUAAUUUAGAUAUGCAUGCCAACCGAAACGGUUGUCAUGCCCUUCUAGAUCUAACACAUCGUUAUUCUUAAGCUGACACCAAUCUCUUAUCCAACAAAAGCAGGCUGCUUCAUAAUAUAGUUUUAGGUCGGGCAGGCUGAAUCCCCCUCUUUCUUUAAGAUCUAUAAGGAGUGUAUGUUUUAUUGUUGGUCUGUUUCCUGACCAGAUGAAUUAAGAUAUUUCCUUCUGCCAAUUUUCAAUGCAGCUUGUUUUCCCUAUAACAGGAAUGGAUUGGAACAGAAAAAGCAUCUUUGGCAAAAUAUUUAGUUUAACAGCCAAAAUACGCACCCCAAAAGAUAGUUUUAAUUUGCUCCAAAUCUCCAUAUUCCUUUUAACAUCAGACCAUGCCUUGACGUAAUUGUCUUCGUAAAGAUUUAUGUUUUUACUAGUUAACCAUAUUUCACUACUCAGUGAUGUGGUGCCUCAUCAACUCCUCCAUCUACAUCUCCUUGUUCUUUAUAUUGACUCACUGUCCUGAAAUGGAAGGAUGAUCUAAAGCAGUGCCUUCUUUUGUUAAUUUUCCAUGCAAUUAGAAUGAAGGGGUGGUUUUAGUGUAUGUUAUUAUUAUUAUUUGAUGUAAGGCUCUCUUUUGCCAUUAUGAGUAGAGUCUCAUUUUUUCUGGCUGCCUACAAACCUCAAGAAAGCUGCAGGAGCUAUAAACACUCACAAGGGCCCUGUAUUUUGAGAAUUAGCCAUGCUUGAGAGGAGUACAGGUUGCAUAUGCCAUUAGAAAAUCUGCUUGUAUACUACUAUAGACUACUAUAGAAAUCAAAGUUUUCUGAUCUCUUCUAAUAGAAGGAUCCAUGUUUCCUCCAGUGUUGUUGCUUGGUGACUAUAAAAUUGGGAAAUGAGUUGGACUCUGAUUUUGCUUUGUGCGAGCUUUAUUAUAUGCUCUGACUCAACUUAUCAAAUAAAGUUUCCUUCAACAAAUAAUCACUUCAUCUUUAGCAUGAAGUCUCACAUGUGACCGAGCACAAGUGGCACCAAGUAAAAACCUCUUGAGCUUAUGGAACAGGGCCGGUUAUAAAUAUACAAAACAAUUCAUCUCUCUAUAAUGUUUCCAAGCCAGAGUUUACAAUAAGAUUUGUUAGCCAAGGCAAGAUUUGUUCUGUUCAAGAGAGCUGCAUCUUAUCACUACAGAAAUAUAUAUGGUGAAAAGAACACUGUAUCAGUCUUUUACUGUUUUGAAGCUAAUGAGUUUUUUUGAAGUUAUGAAAAGGCCCAGCUGGCUCUUUUAAGAUAGGACAUUAAUGACAGUCAGCUGAAUUAAGUUCUUUUACUGUACAUCAAAUAACACUGGGAUUGAAAGGAACUAUUUUUUCACAUUUCCACUUGGGAUGCUGUUAUGCUGGAAUUUGAUCCAGUAUGACUAUGAUAAUUUCACACAUCAAUGCCUGUUUUCCAGUUUUGGAAAGACAAACUACCAAAUUUCUUUAUUUCUUUCUUUAUUAUUUAAUUUCUAUGCUGCCCUUCAUCUGAAGAUCACAGGAUGGUUUACAGUAAAAAAACUAUAUAUAUACUGUACUAUAACAACAUAAAAACAAUAAUAACAAGGCUUUGAACAACAGUGGAGAUCCUGUGCCUUGAAAUUAUAACCAGGUCAUUGCUAUAUUGCUUGAUCAGUUUAGUUUAUUCAUUAUACUAGUUUAAAAUAUGUGGCAUUGCAUUGGUAUGCUAAAUAACGACAACAGAUUUAUGAAUGGUUAUUGUAAUCUGCUAGUUUUAGGACUAGGCACAGCACUGCCUACAACCCAAGAUCCCAACCUGACCUGGGGAACACCUGUUCCUCCCUGUUCCUCCCUGGAAUAUCCUGUUUCGAUGGACAGAAGGGAAACCUCUGUGCUAGAAGAGUCACACAGGUUUCACUCUGUAGGCGGUGGCUAGCAGGUCUGGAUGGAGGGACACCUCUGCCCAGUUGACACUCCCUACUCAAGAGCUUUUGGAUUCCAACCAUAGACUAGGCCCUAUCCAUCAUGGACUGCACAACUAUGUAUUUUUCCUAAUGCCAGGGUAACUGUGAAGUUGGAAGUGAGGUUUUCAUAAUUGUGGCCAUUAAUCCCUCAUACAGUAUUUCAAAGGACUAUAAUUAGACAGUGCUUAAAUUUUUAAAUAAUGCAAGCAUUAUAUCAUUCUCACGAUGGAUGGCUCCAUUCCAGUUCUGAAAUUAGAAUUAGAAUUAUGAAAUGAGAGAUCGGCUUGUCUACUACAAGUUGUAUUGGCAGCAUUCAUGUGCCACAUGAUUGCAAAAAAACCUCUGAUAGGUUUUCAAAAAAAAACAUAAGAGCAUUAAAAUUAUCUAUAAAAACAGGUAUGUAAAAAUAUUCAAAAGAUGAUAAAAAUAAACAAUAGCUAAAGAAAAAUAAAGCACAUGUCUGGACAGGCUUGCAUAGAAGAGUUGGCUUGCAUAAAAUGAGUUGCAUAAAAGAAAAAUUCCACCAGAUUUGGCUUUUCCUGUUAUUGUAAUUAGGAGAUGUUAGACUUUCUGAAAUUUUCUGUUCUAUGCGAUUUUUUAAAAGUACAGACCCAAGUUCAACAUGAGCUAGACAUCCUUAAACCCAUUGUUUUCAAUGAUCCUAAGCAAGCCUACCUUUCUGUAGGACUUAGGCCACAGUCUGGACCUGCCACCCCUAGGAUUAUUACCAAUAAAUUAUUUCAAGUGAUUUUUAAGCUGAUGUUCUCUCCCUGUUUUGAUUUCAGCUACAAGUCAUCACAUUUCCCUUCUUCCUUUCUUUUUAUCUAUGGCUUAUUAGGGUUUUCACAGAAUUACAAUAGAAUUACAGCCCCUCCUUUCUUCCCCCCAGUUCCCAGCAUCCCUCCCUCCAACCUCUUUCUCUCUCUUUUUGUAGCUACAGUAUUUUCAUCUCUCAUAUUCAGUUGUCUGAUGUCCCGCAAGAGAUACAAUUUCUUCCAGUCAUUGUCUUGUGGACUCAGAAGUAUGAAGCACUGGAAAUGGAGCCACUGCUAAUGGGAUAUGCGCUCUUUUUUUGAACAGAUUUUUUUGUGAAUGUGCUCAUGCCUAAAGAUUGAAAAGCAGAAAAGUCAGGGUGGUGCCGCUUCUUCCAUCAACUUUUAGUGGACUUUAGGGCAACGUGCGACACCUCCCCCCAAAAAGGAACACAUCAGCAUCAUAGUGGUGGAAUGGGGAACAUAACAGUCAGUGGAAAAACUUGACAAAACUCUGCCCCACCAACAAAAAGGGUAGGCUGCGAAAGCCUGGGGGAGUAUAUGGCCCGUUAGCAAUGCGUUAACAAUCCCUGGCUCUCUCUAAGUGCAUGAAGAUGACGUCUUACAGUAUUUCUUGUGUUUGGAAUAUGGUUACCAGAUUUUUUUCAAUGAAUCCGGGGACACUUUUUACUUUUUUUUUGAAGCUGAGUAGUAGUGGGGAUGGUGAGGCAAAAGACCCUAGGCCCAAGCACACAUGCAUAUUGUAUAAAAGUGCAAACCUUUCUUUCGCACCCUGUGAAACAUAAAUGCGCAGUUUUUUUAAAAAACUGGGCAACGGCAUGCCGCCUGCCCGUGACUCCUGAGCCUGCCCCAAUCUCCUUCCCCCAUUGUUUUGACAGAUCAAGGGAGGCUCGCGAGUCACGGGCGGCCGGCCAUUGCCCAGGAGGGGCCAGCCUGGUAGUGCAGUUGGCUCCAGCUGGCUUCAGGAGCUGCUCGCUGCUCGCUGCUGUGGUGCAAGAAAAAUGGUGGGCGCCGCGGCAGCGAGCAGCUCCUGAAGUCAGCCAGAGCCAACUGCACUACCAGGCUGGCUCCGGGCUGCUGAGGCUGCCGCUGCCACGUUUCCUGGGGACAGAUUUGCAAAUCUGGGGACAUUCCGGGGACGGAAUUUGUCCAGGGACAGAUCUGCAAAUUCGGGGAAUGUCCCCGGGAACCGGGGACAUCAGGUAACCCUAGUUUGGAAGUAUUUGCAAAAAUUGUUGUGGAAAAUGCAGCAUAGCAAUAUAUGUGGGAUGUAACCACAGCAAUAAAACAGAGUAGUGUAAAGCUACAGUAAAUCUAAGGAAAGGACUAAAAAUGCAAUCUAGCUGCUACAAGGGGAAAAUAAUACAUAUUUAUUACUUAAAUUAAAGUAAUAUACUGUGCAGCUGUACACAGAUGAAACAUUAGCUGAUAUUUAUAUUAAUAUAUUCAACUUCCUUGGGGUUUUUACUCCAAUCACAGUAGGUAGCAGGAAAAAUAAAAACAUUUUGCAUUCAUAUUUAUAUUGAACAGGAUUUUUUCAGUAGACUUAGGCUAAGAAAAGCAAACAGUACUUUCCCCCAGGAAAUAUAAAGUAGAUAUUGAAGUUGAUGUUAGUACAUGAUAUUCAGCUGUGAAUAUCAAGUUGAACCAAGUUGAUUCUCAUAAAGAGCAGUAGUUUUGAGGAUAUAAAGGACUAGGCAAUGAGUAAUAUGCAAUUAUUAAUAAACAUUAUUAUUAUUAUUAUUAUUAUAUUAGUGAUGUGUAGAAAAUUUUCUUUCUUACACCAUGUUUCACUGGAUAUAAAUUUAACUUUCAAAAAAAUCAAAUACUUGUGUUGUGUCCCAAGAUUUACUUUGUUAAACCAGGACUCCCACAUUAUCAACACAGAAUGUGUUAGCCAUUCAUGAAGAAUACUUACAAUAUUAACAAUAUAUUUGAAACUUCUUUACAGUAAGGUGCUGGCCUAAUAAUGCAUUUAUUUUGCACAGGGGCAAUCACACUUGAGACUAUCUACUCAGAGUAAUGAACUUCUAACGAAAUUAUGUUGACCAGUUGAGAUAUUUUUGCUGGGCAAUGUGCUCUCAAUUAUAUGCACUUCUCCUUCACAGAUGAAAGAGCUUGGAGUCAUUGUAUACAACUGCAGCUGCCUGGUGUUAGAUUUACAAAAGAUAUUUGCCUUGUACAGCUCACUAAAAUCCAAGAGCAAAAUCCCACCUCUUUGGUCUAAGAGACUGUAUGCAGUAUACGGCACUGAAAAUAAACUGGCCCUUGAGUUGAACGAAACCAAAUCAGAAGUCUUUGUUUCGGUGAGUUGCGUUUGUGUUGGUUUCCUUUGGCUUUGUGUGCUUGUGCUCUUUAUUAUAUUAUUUUUAGACAGGUUGAGGUGUUAAAGCCCUAUGUAAGUUCAGGUUGAAUUAAUAUUUUCACAUGUCCUCUUAAAUAACAUCUGACUGGCUCCCAUCAAUGCCUUAGAACUUGGCUGCCACUGAUCUCUGACGCAGUCUAUAUUUUUAUUAUUUAGAAGCUGUCCACAAUUCCAAUCUACAGCUGCCUUGCUAAAAUGUGCUUAAGAAGAAUGAAAUGUGUGAUGUGUAACACACAAACUAACCACAUCCUACUCCCUUCAGAACCCAAUUAACCUUUUUUUACAAGCCAAUGAUUCAGGCAUGGAGAGAGAGUAUUAAAAACCUCAUGGCCACAGGUUAGCACACUGAUUUAAAUCUAUCUAUCUAUCUAUCUAUCUAUUUAUUUAUUUAUGACUGACUGCUCCAAUAGUCUCCCGGGGGCCAAUUUGGUACCUACUGUUAUACAGAAGGUUUUUAAAUUUGUCCAUUUCAAAAACAUUUUUAAGGUUUUUUUUAAGAAAACCUAAUUGAGUUGUUUUGUAUUUCUGCAAGUUCAAGCCUGCUGAUAUCACCCUCCUAUGUGAGGAUGGUGCUAGUGUGGCUGCAUAAGUACAGUCGUACCUUGGAAGUCGAACAGCCUAGGAACUUCCUGCAGCCAAUCAGAAGCUACAAUUUGGUUUCCAAAUGUUUUGGAAGUCAAACGGACUUCUGAAAUGGAUUCCAUUCGAAUUCCAAGUACGACUGUAUCCACAUGUAGAAUUACAGAGCUAUAGACUUGGAAGGAGCCACGAGGAUCCUCUAGCCCAGGCACCCCCAAAAUUGGCCCUCCAGAUGAUUUGGGACUACAACUCCCAUCAUCCCUACCUAACAGGACCAGUGGUCAGGGAUGAUGGGAAACUUCUGAACUUCUGAAGGGCCGAGUUUGGGGAUGCCUGCUCUAGCCCAACCCUCUGCAGUACAGGAAUCUCUCACCUAACAUGGGGCUAAGAAGUUUGCUGUUAAUAUACAGGACAGCUCAUAGCCACUAGAGAACACAUUUCUGGAUAAAAAACCCACCAACAGUGUGCAUACAUUAUCAUGUGGUAAAGAAUGCCAGCAAGAGUAUUUUACCUUGUAUGUCUUGACUACCUCUUUCUCCUUUUAUGCUUUGUGCCUGCAAUUUUAAGUCUGGGUGCUCUAUCUUCAGCAGCCAUUGUGGUAUAGUUGCUAAGCAACAGAAAAUCAUCUCUCUGAUAAAUACAAAAGAACAUGUACUUUCUGUGUAAGGUCGUGGAAGCUGCUGACUGCUUUUCAGUAUUAAUGACUUUACUGUUUGAAUUAUUUAUUAUUGCAUUAUUAUCACACAGACAGCCAGGGUGUAACAGUGAUAUAGCUAUGGCACACACCACACAUGCCAGACUGGGUAUAAUUUUUGCAGACAAGAAAGAAAGGAAAUGGAUAGAACCUAAAAAAAAAAAGUAACACAAUGGAAAAUGUAACAUAAGCGUUGAAGGUUUAGCUUGCCAGUAGCAUUAAGCCAACAAUAAAUUUUUCAAGUUUCAUAGAACAAUGGCUUUCAACAGCAACAACUAUCAUUACAGUGGUGCCUCGCAAGAUGAAAUUAAUCCGUUCCGCGAGUCUCUUCGUCUUGCGGUUUUUUCGUCUUGAGAAGCACGGCUAUUAGCGGCUUAGCGGCUAUUAACGGCUUAGCGGCUUAGUGGCUUUAAGAAAAAGGAAACAAACUCGCAAGAACUCGCAAGACGUUUCGUCUUGCGAAGCAAGCCCAUAGGGAAAUUCGUCUUGCGGAACGACUCAAAAAACGGAAAACCCUUUCGUCUAGCGAGUUUUUCGUCUUGCGAGGCAUUCGUCUUGCGGGGCACCACUGUAUCUUGCUCAACAUGUACCUGCAGAUAUAGAUGGUUAGCCCUAAUUUGAAAAAAAUAUGGGUUUUGACAGUGGUUUGGUUGCAGUAGCUUCUGUGCAGGAAUGCCAGGAAGUAACAUGUUGUUUUAGCACUUCAAAAAAUUAGGAUACACAUGCUGGCUCUUUAUGGGGGUCUGUUUAAAACAUAAGGAAUACAAAAAAAUCUGUUAGGUCUUUUGCUGGGUCUACUUGAUCCUACAUUUCAGUAUCAGAGAUAAGGGUUGUAUAAAUAUUUGAAAAGGUUGGGCUGAAUCCUAUGGCACAUCAAACAAUAACUUCCUUAAAUUAAUUUGGAUGUAACUGCUAAACUUUUUUUAAAAAAUUGAGGAAGUGUAAUAGCUUUUGUAUUAAUUCUCCACUGAAGAAAUAUGAAAAAGUAAAUCAUAUCCUUUGUACAACUUCUGAUAUAAAUUUCAGCCUUUUUAUCUUCACAGAAUUCUCCCAAACUCCUAUGCCCUAAGGACAGGGUUUUGGAUGUUGAUGCUAUCUAUAGUGUUGUUGAUAAUGCACAGCAAUUUGUGUACAUAGCUGUUAUGGAUUAUCUGCCUAUUAUCAACAUCACAAAUCAAACAAGGUUGGUGAAUACCGGAAAUCUACAUUUAUCUGACAGUGUACCAAGAGAUAAAAACUGUUGCUUCUGAAAUCGACAGAUAUUUAGAGAUUUCCAUGAGGCAACGACCAGUAGUUCAGUUCUUCUCUUGGAUGUCAAUGAGUUUGCAAAUAUCAAAUCUAGAGCAGGGAGUGAUAUAAAUGUAAUUGUUACAAAUCAUGUCUGCUCCUGAACAGAAAUUGCUCAAAUAGCAUACUAGUUGAGAAGAGCACAAUCAUUUAUUAGAUAUGGGUCUCUUAACAUUAAACAAACAAAUAAAUAGAUGAUAGUUGAGCUUCUCCAAUACUUAUCCACAGAAGACAUGGAAAUGUUUUCUUUUUGAUUAGAUCACCAGACUGCCAAAAAUGUUCCACAGCCAGAGAAAAAUAGGUAACAUUUGACAUGCUGUUUAUUUCCCAAGCUUAAGUUCUCAAUUAAGUGUUUUUUCCUAGCAUGUUACUCAUUCAAAAUGGACAACUGGAUUUUAAGCUUCCAACAAUUUAUAAGUUUUUAAUCCUAGCAAUGCAUGUACCAUAAUCUCCCCAUCACAACCUGCUAUUACUGGUGACCACCUGGGGAAGAAGGAUUUAUUUUUCCAUGUUUAGUGUGUAGUCCUUACAUAAGGGCUAUCUGCUCCCUGCAGGCACAAUGAAAAAUUGUGGAGCCCUAUGAACUACCAGCCUCUAUUCCCCCAUUUCAGUGCUUACGCACCUUCUUAUAUUAUAGCUAUGGAGAUAUAUAUAUUGGCAGUGGUGCCCUCCCCAUGGAAUGCCCUCCCAGCAGAUGUUAAGGAGAUAAAGGAAUACAAACAUUUUAUAAGACUUCUGAUGGCAGCCCUGUAUCGGGAAAUUUUCAGCGUUUGACCUUUUAUUAUAUUUUAAUAGUUUGCUGGAAGCCGCCCAGAGUACCUGGGGAAACCCAGCCAGAUGGGCGGGGUAUAAAUAAUAUAAUUAUAUAUAUAUCCCCUAAAAAUUGGAUAGGGAUUUUUACUAGUUACUUACUAGUUCUCAAUCAGAAGUUUGGAGGUUGUCAUAAGUGCUUUUUCAGUGGUGGCCCUCGGCUACGGAGUUCUCUCCCUAGCAAAGCCUACCUAACACCCACAUUGCUAUCUUUUUUUGUGCCAAGUUAAGACUUUUUUCCUUUUCUUUCAGGUCUUUUAAGAUCUGGUUUUAAGUUCCUAUGGUAUAGUAGUUUUAAUCUAUAUAUUUGGUGGCUACAUAGAUUAUUUUAUUGUGCUGGUUUUCAAAUUUCAGUUUUCACACUGGUUGUUUCUUAAGCUCAUUGUGGUUUUUCUGUACUAUGGUUUUAUUGAUACAUUUUUAUUCUGUUUUUAUUCGUAUGACACCUAGACAAUUUAUUUUAUGAGAUUCUCAUAAAUAAAUAAACGAAAUAAUAAUUAUCAGUUGGAAAGUUCCUUGCCAACCCUUUCAGUCGCUGGUAUCUCACCACCUAGAGAGUUCCUAAUGGCAGUUCUAUAUGAUGCAGCUGGUGAAUUAUCCUUCUUGAGUUCUAGUCCCCUCGCCACUCAUAUAAUGCAGAACUCUGUAUUCUGCUAACUGCUGCACCACAGUAGACACAGCUGGAUGAGGUUCUUGUUUUCUUUAGUUUUCCUUGAGUUAGCAAAUCCUUCUUCUCUAAAAAUUAUGUAAAUAACAUUGGAUGCUCUUUCCCUAGGUAUUGGCCAUAUUUGGAUGGAAAGAUAAGAGAAGCUCUGAUUUUACGCAAUAUUAAAGUACGACUCCUCAUAAGUUUAUCAAAAGACACAAAUCCACUCACAUUUAACUUUGUUUCAUCUCUUAAAGCAAUUUGCACCGAAGUUUCUGGCUGUAGGUUAAAAGUUGUAAGUAUUCCUCAUGUUGUUUCUUAUAAACCUAAAACAAUUUCCAAGUAAAUUUGUUCAGCUGCCUAGUGACUUCAAAUAACUGAAUUACAUUUUGAAGCGGAUUAUUAAAGUGUAACACAGUAUCUUAUUUUCUGUCAACAUAAAACAAUAAUAGCAGACUAGUGCCAAAUACCUCUGUCUAACAAUGGGCAAUCUCACCCAUUCAAUGCACCUUCUCUGCUUAGAUUGCACUUAGUUUUCGUAUUGACAAUUCCAUACUCUGUGGCUCCGAUAUGUGCCUCUUUUCAUUAAUGCUGAUAAUAUAAAUUGCUCUGAAGAACAGCAUAUCGCUGAAAAAUAUUGGGUUCACAAGUAUUUCUUGGGUCCAGAAAUGUUCUGUGCAGCUUUUACACCUUUUUUCUUAAUUACAUGAAGGGAGAAGCUUCCUCAGAACCUUGCUUCCUUUCUGCGUAAUACACACAUGCUUCAUUCAGACAUAAUGCUGCUUGAUAUGAAUGCCCUUGGACUUGUUGCUUUCCCACUCUCCUUAUCUAGCAUAGCCACAAGGAGGAAAUUAGAAGCUUUCAAUUCUGUUUUUAAUUAACUGUACUUAUGACUGAAACCUUUCAAACCGUGGUUAGGGUUAACUAUGACUGAGGGAAACAAGCCGUCUUCAAACCACAGUUUAUGAAGAUACUUUCCCCUCAGAUAGUUAAGUCUAGCCACAGUUUUGGGUGCAGAAUGAGACAAGUGUUAUACAUUUUCCAGCGUAUUAAAUGCCAGUGUGUGGCCAUCAUAAAACAAUUUUCUCUAUAGUUUAGGGGUGCUGAGAAUAAAGAACAUUGACUGAACAAAAAUCUUGCAAGUGGCAGCCUACCAAUGUCUUUAAACCAUUUAUCCAUUUAUAUUUUUUCUUCUUUCACAUCUGUAUUCAGAAUGCCUGGUACAACCCAGAAGAGCAGUGAGCUAGGAGUGGGAUAUCGCACGCCAGAAGGUUGUAUGAGUAUUCUGUUUGUCAGUAGUCAGCACACAUUCUGGGUUUACCUGCAGCUGUACACCUGCAGAAUGCUGAUGCUGAGAGUUUUCUCCCUUUGUCACUGCCUUCAGGUGUUUCCCAGGCAAUCCCCCUUCCCUAUAGGUCAUUACUUACUUAAUUACUUGUAGGCAAUUAGACACCAGGCCUUUGAAAGCAACCUGUUAGUUUCUUUGGAAAUCUUCCAGAAUGCAAUCAGAAAAGGUAUAGGAAACAUGUCAUUUCCUAUAAAAUCCUUUUAAACUGAGGUUAGUUCAUGAUCUUUUUUUAUUCUAUAAUUUCACUUUUUCAAAACCGGUAUGUUAUCAUCUUUAAGUUUUCCUUCUGCAGUGCAAUCAACACAUUCUCUUUCACUAUCUUGAUAUUCUUUAAUGCAGAAAUUCUUUGACCUCGAAGAAGAAAGUGCUUGUUAUUUUAAGGAACAGAAGAACUCUUCCCUUCCUAAACUAAAUCGCAACAAAUAUGUGGUGACUGACACAGCAGCUUAUAUUGGUAAGUAAAGCAUUGAAUAAUCUGAUUCCAGGCUGUUGUUUGUACAUACGGUACAAAUCUAAAAUAACAACUGAUUGCACAAUUAAGAAUUAGAUAAACUUCGGCUUGUUGGUAAAUGUUAAAUGCAAAAAAUCAGAAAUAUAUAACAGUAUCCAUCACCCUCUCACCAUACUUGUGAGUCACUGAAAACUUCAUGUAGGAAAGUAAGGUCCAGCUACUUUUAGCAUAGUGACAUGCAUAAAGGAAAGCAUUUCAAUGGAGAAAGGUGAGAUUAAGAGCAAUGGCUGUUCUAGAGAAAGCUUACACCCAAUGUUACCAUAUCCUUGUAUGUGCUUUCAUUUAUUUGCAGGUAAUUUUGACUGGGUUGGGACCUAUUUUAACCGUAAUGCUGGAGCUGGCCUUGUCAUCAACCAAACAGAAACAGGAAACAAGACCAGCAUCAUCAAGCAACUGAAAGCUGUGUUUGAAAGGGAUUGGUAUUCAAAUUAUGCUAAAAGUUCGACCACAAAAAUUCCAAACUGUUUAAGCUUCAAACAUAGCAAAGCAGCAGCAAAUAAGACUGCCCAAAGCAAUGUGAAUUGA